AUGGAAGUAAGCUUUGGACCGGUUCCGUUCACAGUUGCGCACAGGCUCGGCGGGGUGAACCAGCUCGGCGGAGUCUUCAUCAACGGGCGGCCGUUACCGCACGAGGUCAGACACCGGAUCGUGGAGCUCGCGCAGCACGGCGUGCGCCCCUGUGAGAUCUCGCGCCGUCUGCGCGUCAGUCAUGGCUGCGUCAGCAAAAUACUGACCAGGUAUAAUGAGACGGGAAGCAUCAGACCGGGACUGAUUGGUGGCUCCAAGCCCAAGGUGGCGACCCCCACCGUGGUGCAGAAGAUCCUGCAGCUGAAACACAACAGUCCCACGAUGUUUGCCUGGGAGAUCCGAGACAGGCUGGUGCUGGAGCAAGUGUGUGACCCAAGCAACGUCCCCAGCAUCAGCUCAAUCAACAGGAUCAUCAGGAGGAAAGUGAAGCCUUGUGAAGAUGGUGAGUCUCUCAGUAAUACUUGCACCUCUGUAUCGGCAGCAUCAUCUGUUUCCAUGGGAGCAGACUGUCCCUUUGAGUCCAGGUUUUCAAUAGGAGGGAUUCUGGGACUCAGAAAAUUCAACAAACAAAACGAAGGAGCAGACGAGUCCUGCGGUGAGCACCACACCCAGCCCUGUUUCUGGAGCAGGUCUGACCUCAGCUCGACGUUUCGCUAUCAGCUGCCGGCGAACCACCAUUCAGAUCUGUUAGGAUGA